GGGUGGGAGCAUUUGACAAUACCAACCAUAGGCUCUGUUCCAACAACCACAUACCCUUCAAAGAAAACUGCAUUGACUGGUGAAUUGCUAUUGACAAAGAAGAAGUGAAACGAGUUCUGUAUGAGUUCUGGAAGAAAAGGGAAAAUUAAAGAAGCAGACAUGCACAACCAUCCAAUAAUAAAUAGGAGGAAGCAUAUAAUUAGGGGAGGCCGUUGCAAAGGCUAUCUCCCCGACCUUCAACUGAACAGAACUGAGAGCCCGCGGUGUGCUGGCAACACUGUCCCCAACACAAACACACCAGCGGCAACGGCGGUGGACAGCACGUGAAGGCCAGCGGUAGUGUUGACCGAGCCGCCCCAUCCUGGCACGAUGAGCAGUGAUGGUGAACUUUUCAAGUUCGACUCUGUGGAACUGUUGUCCCUGUACACCACCACAGUCCUUCAGCAACUAGUCACAGUUGUCCAACCUAUUGAGGAUCGUCUUCUUCACCUCAUCCAAGUUCUUGAGCAUAACCUGAAAAAUUUGAAGGUGGAGAGGAAGUGGUUUCUUGGCACACUGAGGGACCAUGCACGCCUCUUCAACAAGGAGUGGAAAAUGGGCAACACAGAUGGUCCAGACUUUGGGAAGAUAGCCUACAACACACUUCUGCUGGCAGUCGCCCUCAAAAUAGGGCUGGAAAAGCUUUGGGUGAAUGACGGCAACACCCCAGUCUUCAACGACAUGGUAAUGGAGCUGACUACUCUUUUACAUCCAAAGAAGAUUACAUUGGCCAUCAAACAACUAAACAGAAGUAAUACUUUGUUUGACUUCUUAUCCAGUCACUCACCUGACCUUGAAGAAAUCAACAUGUACUGGAGUGAUGUUGCAGCUUUUCAAGAUUGCAUGAAGUUCAAGAACUUGCGUGUGCUGGAACUUGGGGGACGCAUCUCAGACAAGGUGCUGUGCAGCGGUCUGUGGAACAUUAACAAAAAAAGUGACAAAGUACUGGAAAUGGCCUUAAAGGAUAAUAAGGGGCCUGAGAGUUGGCAGCUGUCUCUCCCCAACCUGGAGGUUUUGCGGAACAAUGUCUUUGGUGACCACCACACAAACUCUAUGCGAGUAUCUCUUGGGGCAGCAGCACUCCUCAUACAGCCCAAGAUGGAGACAGUGAAGACACUCACCUGGGACACCAACCGAGCCAUCAUGCACUUAUUGGACACAGAAGCAAAGUUGAAGAACUCUUCUAGAAUUGAUCGAAAAUUUCGGCUGACAAAGUUGCUGGUCCGUUACCAUGAACACACUGACUUAGAGAAAGUGGAACGGCUCUUCAAGGCGUGUCCAUGCAUUACUAACCUGACUUUUAUCAUCACAACAAGCAUUAAGAGACAGCUGUCCUUACUGAUUGGGAUGAUUCCAGUGAAGCAGCUAACGAGGCUGGUGUUGGAUGCAACAGACUUGGACCACAUGGAGUUCACAGUGCUGCUGGCAGAGAUGCCUAACCUGAAUGACCUCUUCCUGCACAUCACACCAGAUGCUGUUGCAAAUUACUAUAAGACUUCUAAGUUAACUCCUGAUGCCACUGCCUUGUAUGAUCCAUCACAUAAUACUCUACAAGUUCGGCUUGAUAUGUUACACCACAACCUUGAAACUCUGUCAUUGGACUUUAUUAGCACUGACAUGCAUAUGGAGCAGAGUCUUGAAAAUGAGGAAUUUGCUUCAUAUAUGAUUAGCUUCCUGCAAAAUUUUCCUUCUGUGAAGAGAAUGAACUUUUACAACACAGUGUUUCUUCCCCCACCCUUCUUGAUAUUUGGAUGCAUUGGCGGUGCACUAGCAACACUGCGCAAAAUGAAACACAUCACUGUCCAGUCCUGUGAUGAAGAUAUUCCUCGUGACAAACUGACGGACCCUGACGAUGGAUGCAUCUUUCCUAUUCUUGACUCCCAUUCUGUGCAGACCCACUACAUGAAGGCCAUCCUUAUGUUCCCCCUUCUCCAGAAAGAAACAACUUUCCAGUACCUGUGUACAUUGAAAUCUUUAGAACUGGAUGACCAGUAUUUUUCUCCAAGAGUGGAUCGGAUGGUGGCUGCUCUGAGGGCCUCAGGAGUGCUGGUCAAUGGCCUUUACCGCACUGCCACUGCCACUCCAAGAUCAUUAGGUGUGGACGACAUGAUACAAGCCCUUAAUUCAUAAAGAUUUAUCCAUCUAUGUUAUUAAGUUGGGAAAUGUACUUUAUCUUGAACAGUUUGUUUUUAAUAGAUUGUUUUUAAAGUAAAGUGUACUAUUUUUCAUAUCAGCUAAAGUCCACUCUUUUGUUUGUUAUAUUGCAGAUACCUUUUUUGUACAGAAUAUGUCUAAAUACAAGUGCUAAGCCUUACAAUGAUCUUUUGGAUGAUUAAUAGCUGUGCUACAAGUGGUGGAACUAAAACAUCUCCAUGUGACUGGUCGCACACAGCUUCAGCUGAAGUCACGAAUAACCAUCAUUUUUUGCAAUCACCUCUGACGUGAAAAGGUUGGGUUAUAUUUAUAUGUUUGAUGUCUUUUUUAAGGGUUGCUUUCACAGUCAUUGGGCACAUUCCCUAACCAAAAGCCUUACCAUUCUGGUAACAGGCAUUACCAACGCCUCAUCCGAUUUCAGUUGUUUUUGUGGUAUCAGUGACCCCCAACCUGGUGAUGAUCAUAACUAAAUUAAGGCGCUUUAUUUGGUAUUUUUGGUAUGCCGGAGCAAUGUACAUGUACACUUUGCAUCAGCUGAGCAGAGGACUGUGAAGGAUAAAUGUGAAAACUAAACGUAUAAGAAUAAACAUGAAGAAAAAAAAUGUUAAGAAUAAUUACCGUAUUUCCCGCCAUAUAAGACACACUGGAGUAUAAGAUGCUCCUAUAAUUUUUCAAGAUAUAUUUAGAAAAAAUAAAAAAAACUCCACAUUUUCCUUGAACAUUAAGUUCAGGGAAAAUGUGGAGAAUUUUUUAAUUAGUAUAUGCAGUAAUACAUUUGGCCACCUUACUUACAAUUAUGACUAUGAUACUGUAUGUUGCUUUGUUCUCUUCUCUGUGUUCAAAGUGUUCCACUGUUGGUUGAAGAAUCACAGUGCUCUUACCCCGAGCAGCUGUGACUUUGAAAGAAAUGGUAAACAAAAGGGUUGGUUGGUAGAUUCACUCACUGCGCAGUGUGCAGGCAGUAACUUUCGCCAAGCUUCUGAGGGAACUAAACACACUGGGAUGCUACGUUCAGUGGGCAAUCUUGGUCUUGAUCUUGACUUUCAGGGACCAUAUACAUACUUUCAAGUAGGGGGGCUCCCGUGGUCCCGUGGUAGAGUCUCGGCCUUGCGCUUCGGCGGGGUGCCUGUAGCGUAUGGGUUCGAGACCUAUCAGUUACCAUGGGGGUGGAAAGGUGGGCUCUUUCCGACACCCUCAGCCCCGUUGUUGGGCCUCCUCCUUGAAAAAAUUGGGUAUCUCUCUACCAGCCGUCUGGGGGGUUGCGCGGCAUGCUCCGCCUUCCUCCAUUGGGGUAUAUCCCCAACGAAAUA